AAGGUUAGAACCUUCGCCACGAAGCUAAUAAAAGCUGUAAUAAAAAGUUCUUUCGUUCCCGUUUAUCUUAAAUAAACAAAGAAAUUAAAUAUACUUUCAAAGACACAGAAAGAAAAAAAAUCUGCCGCCUAUAUAACCAGAGGAGCAAAUUCAUAAGAGAAGAUCAGAGAAAGAAAAAUGGAGAAACACGAGAAUAAGUCAGAUUUUAACAAUUUACCAGAAGGAUGUAUUUCUAGUAUCUUAUCUUUAACAUCUCCAAGAGAUGCUUGUAGAUCUUGUUUAGUUUCAUCUGUUUUCAAAUCUGCAGCUGAAUCUGAUGCUCUUUGGGAUGAAUUUUUACCAUCUGAUUAUAAAGAAAUUAUAGCUAGAGCUUCUCCACCACCGUCGUCAUCACCGUCACCAUCAUCGUCAUCACCGUCUCCGUCACCUGCUGCUGAUUCUACUUCUACGGCUACUUCUUCCGGGAUUAGUUUCUCUUCUAAGAAAGAAUUGUAUUACCGGCUUUGUAAUGAACCUCUUCUCAUCGACGGUGGUCGUAAGAGCUUUGCACUGGAGAAAUCGAGUGGGAAGAAAUGUUUCAUGCUUGGUGCGAAGGAGCUCUCUAUUAUAUGGGGAGGCACACCCAAGUACUGGAGGUGGACAGAAUUCCCUGGAUCCAGGUUUGCCGAGGUGGCUGAACUGCUGUCCGUAUGUUGGCUCGAAUUCAGUGGGAAGCUUCAAACACGAUUAUUGUCCCGUAAGACCUUGUAUGGAGCCUACCUGGUACUGAAGUUUGUGGAAGGUGCAUAUGGAUUUGAUCACCCACCUGCAGAGGCUGAAGUAAAAGUCAUUGGAGGAGCUGGUAACAGCAGCAGUGGGGCUAGUGGAGAGAGACCCGUCUACUUGGAUCCUGAUGGUAGUCGUAGGCGUCAAUUGCAGGUUGCACCACAUCGUAUUGGGCUUAUCAGGCGCAGGUUUGGUCACAUAUUGAGGCCGGCUCCAUCCAUGUCAAGAUGGGAGGGACAGUUCCCACAGGAGAGAAAUGAUGGAUGGAUGGAGAUUGAGAUGGGUCAUUUCUACAAUGAUGGCGGGGAAGACAGCGAAAGCGCCGAGUUACAGAUGUCUCUGAGAGAGAUUAAGGGUGGUCACUGGAAGUCUGGCCUUAUCAUCCAAGGUAUCGAAAUUAGGCCCAAAGCUGCUAACUAAACUAAAAUUACUGCGAGAAACCCGUUUCCUCUACUUUUCCCCUCCAUCCACAAAUGUAACCAAAACGAAUUGAUUUGAAAUUGUUGUGUCAGUAUGUAAGCAGCUUGAGUGGAUCAUCUGGCCCUAUGAUUGAGCGGCUCAGAUCAGGGCCAUCUUAUGGACCAGGCCAGCUAGGCUAUUGCCUAGAGCCUCACAUUGUUAGGGCCCAAAUUUUAAUUUUUCUUACAACAUGAUUAUUUUGUGCUCUUACAGUGGUUGAUAGUGCAUACUUCUAGCUGUAAUUGAAUGCCGUUUGUUUUGUAAGUACAGCGUACUGCUUUCAAUCGCAUUUAGCCAUCUACUUUUGUACACUUUAUGACAUGAGAGAAUGAAUUGUAUUAAACAAA